AUGCGCAUCCUGCCUGGCCUGCCGCCCUGCAUCCUCCUCAACUUCAUCUGCACAGUCAAGGCCAACGUCGAGAAGACCAUCUUCCUAGGCCCCAGCCCUGUGACGCCUCCCAAUGCCCAUCCCACCCUACACGACCUGCCUCUUCACGUCCUCUCCCCAUCGGACUCCAUCCUGUCCACCCAACUCCCCGUCCACUUUCCCGCUGAGUCGCUGCCCCGCGGCCUCGAGAGCUGGUAUCUGCUCCGCGACCUCGAAGAGGGGAGGAGGUACGAGGUGCGCCUUUGCUGGCCCGCCACGCAACCUACCGACUUUUGGCUCGAUACCUAUACCCUUAGCCAGCUAUACCAUACCCCACCGCUCCUACACUCCCUGGCUCGGCAUAGUGGACAACGGCAAGACGCAAAGUCGCAAAUCAUCCCCAGCGCCCAGGCGGGUACCUCGACAACACCACGAUCAAUCUUGUUCCUGCGCGUGCAGGCAGCAGCCUCCUAUUACUCGACAAAUCGCACCUUGAUGGAAUCCCCUCCUCCAGUCCACGUAGACCUCAGCACGUUCCUUGACUCAUUCAUACUCAACGUCCUACCGCAAUCGCUCGGCCCCGUUGCUAUAUAUAUCUCUGCCGUCGCUAUCGGGGCUUGGUUCCUUUCUGGCUACAUAUACCGCUGGCUGCUCUCAGUCGCAUCUGAGGAACACAGCAAACCGCACGUCGAUUGA